AUCACUUUCAGCAAAUUCUUCAAUGUCACGUUGUAAUUUUCUCAUAUAAUAUUACAACUGCAUAUCUAAAGUGUCUUCGGGUUACAUUUCUUGCGGAAUGUGGUUUAAUGUUUCAUUCAUUUCAAUAUAAAUACUGAAACUGUCACAACGAUCAAGCACAUUCGAUCUUACAUCGUUAGCAAGACAACACCAACAACGCAAACUAUCAAGAUGGUUCAGAAGCUAAUGAUUCUAUCAGGACUCAUCGUGUCUGCUGCCUGCAUGGUCUUCCAUCAAGCGCCUAUAUCUCUUUACGUGCCUAUACAAUACGAGGAGCCUGCGCCCAACUAUAACUACGCGUAUCAAGUCAACGACCCACACACUGGAGACUACAAAAGACUGCAUGAAACGAGGAAUGCUGGCAUAGUACAAGGCCAAUAUUCCCUGCUCCAGCCUGAUGGGAUCACCAGGACAGUAGACUACAGUGCUGAUGAUUUUAAUGGUUUCAAUGCAGUCGUGAACAACCAAGGUAGACCAAUAAGUGAAUCUACAGAGAGACAGGGUGAAAAUGAGACUGAAGAUAUUAGACAGGGCAAUGAAAGGUCUCAUGGGGAGCAGUAUCGACAGGAUACCCAUGAACGACAGGAGUUGGGACAAGGUCAAACCGCCAGACCUCUGACAGUGGAACGCACUGCUCUCAUCCAUCAUGUUUUGCGGCAGUAUCGUCACAAUGGUGAACAUAACCUCUGAAUACCUGAUGAUAACCUGUAAAUCUUUCCUGACGGACAAGUUUCUGUGUUCA